AUGGCUACCCAUAGCGUUCUCACCUUUGAUGCUAAGGGUCGGGCUGUUGACUUUGAUGUCGGGGUCGAUGAUCUGGAACUGUUCCUGCAGUGUGAUAAGAAAGACAGUCUCUCACUGUUCGAUCUCACGUCUGGCGCCUCUCCUGCCCUUACUGCCGAUGCUGACAGCACUGUUCGCUCCCAGUGGGCCACACGCGAUGCUGCUGCCCGUCUUGCUGUGCGUAGUCACUUGCCGUCCACUGAGCACACGCACUUUAGUCAAUACAAGAGUGCUAAGACCUUGGGUGCUCCCCCUCCCCACUUUUGCCCUCUGUUGCCUCCUCUGCUGCCGUCGACUUCGUUGGCACCGAGUCGGACGGCGCUGCGUUUGCCCCUAGCGGGAGACCCCGCACCGGCAAGAGCAAGGGGGGCAAGGGCGCUGGAGGGGCUGGCGGGGGCGGUGGAGGUGGCGGUGGAGGCGGCGAAGGGAGUGGGGGUGGCGGUGGGAGUGAUGGCAGGGGUUGAGGCUUUGGUGGCGGCGGUGGAGGCGGAGGCGGCGGCGGUAGUGGCGGUGGGAGCGGAGGAGGAGGCGGUGGCGGCGGUGGCGGAGGUGGCGGCGGCGAAGGUGGAGCUGCUCGAGGUGGCUCUGCGCAGCGAGGCGGCUUCGGUGGUGGUCAGUCCAGCAGUAGCAGCUAAGAUCCCCCGCUGGGGCGAGCUGUUUAGGUUGGGGGUUGCUAUUUUUGAUCUGGAUUAUGAUGCUAUUCUUGCUGCCAUGUAUGUUGUGUCUACUAGUGAUGAGGGUGACUGUUACCUGUGUGUGCCGCCUGACCCGGGCAAUGAGGCUGCUGCUCUAGAUGCUGGUGAGGCUGCAGCUCUAGGUGCUAGUGCGUCUGCUGCCCCAGGUGCUGGUCUCUACCUCCCCUCGUUCUCUACGAACUUGCACCGCUGCCUUGGUCACCCCUCCCUGCCUCGUCUCCGAGGUAUGGCCUCCUUUUACCUUGUCUGUGGUCUCCCCCGGUCCCUCCCUCCCCUCCCUCCGGGGCCUGCCCGUACCUACGUUCCCUGCGUCGAGGGGCGGCAGCGCGCCGCUCCCCACUCCUCAGAGUUUCCUCCGACCAAGGCUCCGCUGCAGACUCUUCACAUGGACGUGUGGGGCCCCGCCCGCGUCCGUGGCCUGGGUCAAGAGCGUUACUUCCUGUUGGUGGUUGACGACUACUCGCAUUACACCUCAGCCUUCCCCUUGCGCAGCAAGGGUGACGUCACUGAGGUGUUGAUCGACUGGAUCUGCGCAGCUCGUCUCCAGCUCAGAGAGAGUUUCGGCUCGGACUUUCCUGUUCUGCGUCUGCACUCUGACAGAGGGCGGAGAGUUUUUCCUUUACCUUCUGGGAGCCUUCUGUCGUGCACAGGGCAAUCGCCAGACGUUCACGCUUCUGGCCUCUCCACAGCAAAAUGGGAUUGCUGA